AUGCCAAUUGAUUCGUCUUAUCCGCCUUCAGUCGCCUCUGAAAAAGUCAAGGUUGAAGAAACCGUCAUUGACAAUUACGUUGAGGAGGAUCGUGCUUCCAGCAUUGUCAAUGAAUUUGGUCACGGAAAUGGUACUUUUUUGACCGCUUACUUUAACGUUGUUUGCGUCGUCGCUGGUACUGGUACUCUAGGUCUUCCUAAGGCAUUUGCUGAAGGUGGUUGGCUAGGUAUCCUUAUCCUUUUCCUUGCUUAUUUUAUGGCCAUGUACAGUGCUGUCGUCCUCAUCCGUUGUUUAUACUACAAGCCUGGACAUCGUCUCCAUGAUUACAAAGCCAUUGGCACUCAUGCGUUUGGAACCUUAGGCUAUCUGGUUGCCUCCUGUCUUCACUUGCUUAAUUUGUUUGGCUGCCCUGCUCUUUACCUUGUGUUGGCUAGUAACAACAUGGUCGCUUUACUGAAAGGAACAGCUGGCGAAACCUUGGACUAUAAGAUCUGGGCCAUUAUUUGGGGUGUCUUCUUGCUUUUGCCUUCUGUCAUUAUGAGAACUCUUAAGGAAGUUACUGUCAUUGCUGCCAUUGGUGCUGUUUGUACUAUGAUGGCCGUCUUUGUCAUUCUCAUCCAAGGCCCAAUGCUCCGUAAUGCCAAUCCUCAAGUCGUUGUCGAACACGAUGCUGUCAUUUGGGAAGGUUUCCCCGUAGCUCUCUCAACUAUUGCAUUCAGUUUCGGUGGCAACAAUACUUAUCCUCACGUCGAGCAUGCUCUCAAGAAGCCUCAUCAAUGGAAGUACGCUGCUCUUGCUGGUCUGUCCACCUGUACCGCCCUCUACUUCUUAACUGCUGUCCCUGGUUAUUGGUCAUUUGGUAGAGAAACUGCUAGUCCUAUUUACAAUUCGCUUCCUAGUGGUUCAACCGGCCAAGUACUAUCUAUGAUAGUCAUGACUAUUCAUGUUAUUUUCGCCAUUCCCAUCUACACCACUUCCUUCUCUCUUGAAUUCGAACAAUGGACUGGUGUCACCGAUGAACGUUUUGGUAGAUUUGGAUGCUGGUGUCUCCGUGGUCUUAUCCGCACUGCCACUAUGGUUAUUCUCGUUAUCCUCGCUGCUUUCAUUCCUUUCUUUGAUGAUUUCAUGGGCUUAAUUGGUGCUCUUGCCAACUGUGGUCUCGUAUUCCUUUUGCCCGUCUUGUGUUAUCUCAAAUUGACCGGUGUUCGUAACAAGCCCUGGUAUGAACUUGCCUUCUGUGCUUUGACCCUCUUCUUGGGUAUCAUUGGCUGUGUCUUUGGUACAAUUGACUCGAUUAAGGCUUUAAUCAGAGAUUUCCAAGCCUAA